AUGGAAAGCCCCAUCACGGCUCCAUUCGGCCAAUGGAAGAGCCCAAUCACCUCAACCUUGCUUGGUGCCGACGAUGUUCAGUUUGAAACCAUCGCGACAUCCAAUGGGAAGAUUUAUGUCGUUGAAUGUCGCCCCAAAGAGCAGGGCCGAGGCUGCAUUGUCGAGUACUCAGGUCCUGAAGGACGCGAUGUUCUACCGACCAAAUAUGAUUCCCGCACCAAGGUCCAUGAAUACGGCGGUGCGUCGAUGAUUGCUUUCAACGGCCAGAUCGUCUUCACGGAUCGGGAGACACAGGAUCUGCACCAACUCGAUCCGUCCACCGGCCAUGUGGAGCGGAUCACCAAUACUGACAUUGCUCUCCGCUAUGUGGGCACGUCUGGUUUGGCCGACGAGCAGGCGAAGUGUGGAUGGGUUUUGGCCAUCGAAGAGGACCACUCCAAGCCACUGGCGUCAGAGAUUCGGAACCGACUCGUGGCUGUUAACCUGCAGUCAAAGGAAAUAGUCAACAUUGCUUCCGGCGACGACUUCUACAGCGCAGCGCAGUUCUCUCCUGAUGGUAGCAAAGUAUGCUGGACUCAGUGGUCCCACCCGGAUAUGCCAUGGACAGGAGCUCGUUUGUACCUGGCUAAGUGGGAUAACGGCAAGGUCACAGAUGUUCAACUUGUGGCAGGCGUUCCUGAGAAAGAGAGUGUUUCCCAGCCCCGUUGGGGCCCCGAUAAUACAUUGUAUUUCACGUGUGACUGCUCAGGGUACUACCAACUCUAUCGUUUGAACGCCGGCAGCUCCAAAGGCCAAAGGUUAGCCCUCCGUGGCCUGGAAGAGGUGGAGUUUUCGCAGCCUGACUGGCGCUUGGGAGGCUGCACAUUCGUGAGUCUGACUCCAACCUCAAUGAUCGCUUCCUAUACAAAGGACGCUCGGUGGAGCUUCAUCUUGAUCGAUUUGACAAACGAUACCUGGCACGACCUGAACCUGCCAGUCGAAACAAGCUUCAACACCGCCUACAUACUGGACAUCACUGAUACCCAACUCAACACAAUUAAAGCAGCUUCUGAUUUCCCCAUGCCGGCUUCCCUUGUCUCCCGACCGGAGCAUAUCUCUUUCCCCAGAGUCCAUGAUUAUCAAGCGACUUCUGGGACACUUCCCCCUUUGAUUGUGUGUCUCCAUGGCGGGCCGACAUCUCAAACCGGGACUGGCCUGAGUACCACAGACCAAUACUGGACUACUCGAGGCUAUGCUGUUGUUUGGGUCAAUUACGGAGGUAGCUCCGGGUAUGGCAGGGCAUACCGGGAUGAAUUGAACGGGCAAUGGGGUAUCCUCGAUACUGCAGAUGCUGCUAGCUGUGUGUCAUACCUAGCUUCAACAGGCAAAGUCGACCCGAACGGAGUCGGGAUUCGUGGCGGAAGCGCAGGAGGCUACAUCGUCCUACAAGCUCUGUGCGACUACCCUAAUCUCUUCUCCGGUGGCAAUUCGCUGUACGGUAUAAGCAACGUCCGAGCUCUUUGCGAACACACCCAUAAAUUCGAGAGCCACUAUGCUUUUGCUUUACUGUUUGAACCUGGCGCGAGUGAAGCCGAGAAAGAACGCAUUUUCAAAGAACGCAGUCCCUGCUUCAAGGCGGACAAGAUCACCGCGCCGAUGUUGUUGCUGCAGGGAGACGAGGAUAUGGUUGUUCCCCUGGGCCAGGCGGAGGAAAUGGUUGAAAUGAUGGUCAAGGUGGGCCGUCAUCCUAAGCUUGUGGUCUUCAAAGGUGAAGGGCAUGGGUUCCGACAGGCUAAGAAUCGUAUUGAUGCCGUGGAAGAGGAGGAGAAGUGGUGGAAGAAAAGCUUGCUUAAGCUAUAG